AGCCGGGCCGCUGGGCGCCCCGUGCCCGCCCAUGCCCCAGCUCUGCCAGGUCACGGCCUCGCUGCUCCUGGGCACGGCCAGGGCGGCGUGCGACGAGGAGCUGCUGGCGCGGGAGGGGGUCACCUUCUGCGUGAAUGUCACCCGGCAGCAGCCGUUCCCCGCGCUGCGGAGCGUCCGCGGCAUCCGCGUGCCCGUGUUCGACGACCCGGCCGAGGAUCUGUACCGGCACUUCGAGCCCUGCGGAGCCGCCAUCGAGGCGGCCGUGCGGGCCGGGGGGAAGUGCCUGGUGUACUGCAAGAACGGCCGCAGCCGCUCCGCUGCCAUCUGCACCGCUUAUCUGAUGAGACACCGGCAGCUGCCGCUCAAGGACGCCUUUGAGGCUGUGAAAACUGCCAGACCUGUAGCAGAACCGAAUGCAGGAUUUUGGUCUCAGCUGCAGAGAUAUGAAGAAGAUUUGCAGAUACCAAAGCAGUCUGCUCUGCUGAGCAAAGGACUUAAAAAUAGCGAUGUGUGAAGAUACUUUAAAGAAAGUGAAGUGACUUGCUACAGACUAAAAAAAAAAAUAAAAGGAAAAAAAAUCACAUCCUAAA